AUGACUGGAACCGAUGCCAAGUUCGCGGAGGAGGUCGACCAGGAAGCGGAGAGAGCUCUUGAAGAGCGCCUCAUCGCCAAUCCCGAUGACGACAACAACCUGAAAAUCGCUGAGGAGAUGGGCACCGUGAAGCACCUGGGCGAGGGCGCGAACGACGGCUACAACUUGAAAAUCGCGGCUUCGACGGUCCUAGACGGCGUGCACCUCGGCGACAGCAUCGCCAUUAACGGCACGUGUCUAACAGCGACGGAGUUCGACCUGAAAGUUUCGGACUCUUCGGUGGGGCUGGCGCCGGAGACGCUGCGGAAGACGUCGCUGUCAGAGCUGUCGGUGGGGUCGGCGGUGAACUUGGAGAGGGUAGUGACGCCAGCGAGCCGCAUGGGGGAGCACUUCGUGCAGGGUCACGUGGACGGCACGAGGGUGAUUGUGUCGAUGGUGCCGAAAAAGGAGUCGCUUUGGGUGAAGGUUAGGGCUAAAAAGGGGAUUUUGAAGUACGUUGUGCCUAAGGGGUUUAUCGCUGUGGAUGGGACUAGUUUGACUGUGGUGGAUGUGUUUGAUGACGAGGGGUGUUUCAAUUUCAUGUUGGUGGCUUACACUCAACAGCAUGUGGUGAUUCCUCUCAAGAAGGUUGGGGAUAAGGUAAACCUUGAGAUGGAUAUUCUCGGCAAGUAUGUGGAGAGGCUUCUUGGUAGUGGUUUUGUUUCCUCUUAUGCUUCGUGUGGAGGCCUUCCACGACCUCGUGAUGGCGACUUCAAAGUCCAACAUGAGCGUUGUCGAGGAGAGUGGAGGAGGUGCUUGAGGCGUAUGGCAACAUACAAGGAGAUACUAAAACGGUUGGGUUUUGAGGACUUGGUCGUGAUUGAUAAGGUAGAUAUCUAUUUGGCUUUCAUGAGAAAGCAAUUUGGGUGA